CAGCUCUUCCUGCAAUUUCACAGAAGUUGAAUGCAACAAAAUCAGUGGCGUAUUAUUGUGCCGUUGUCUGCGGGGAUGGGGGAUGACAUCAGCAAAUAGCCUGGCCGUGGAAAUUCGAAAAGUGUGUGUGUGGGGGAGGGGGUCAGUGGACACCAGAUGACACUGGGGGCGCUGCUCAUAAUACAGAUGUACAUCUUAUGACCACCAAAGAGAUAUCACGUUACACCUUUAAGCUGACACCAAAACGGCGUUUUUAAAGCGUUUAUACCUUUUCCUUUUUCAAUACAAUUAAAUACAUUUUGUUUGUGUGGAAUUUCGAAAAAUAUCUCAAUAUCCGGUUUUUUUCUUGCCAUGAAACUGUGGGGGAUGAUCUAAUGACCCACCCCCGAUCAAGAAGGGGGAAAUUAUGCGCCCCACCCCUUAGGAAUUACGCCCCUGUACAAAAUUAAUGUGCCUACGUCACACUUGGCGUUCAGUCGGACUGCUUUGUGGCGAAUCCAAGUAACUGUGUGCAUUAGUUAUUGCGCUUGUAUUCGGCAGAAAAGAACAAGAGUAACCGGAAUUUCAACACCAUUAAUUCCGCAUCAUUAACUUUUGUGUCAUUCAUUAUCGUCCGAGCAAAAUAAAGCAUUCUAUUUCGUCCUGAAAUGUAUUUUUUUUAAGUGGGGGUGUGUAAAUGGUAACCUUGAUACCUUAACGUACUUCAAGAAAUAAUAGAAUGAAAUUAUAGAGGUUGACUAAAAAAUUUGACGACGAAAAUCUGCAUAUUAUAGGUGUCAUAUUCACCACAUGUGUAAUUAACCCGGGCGAAAUAUCUCCAAACAAAAAAAUCAUAGGCCUACAAUGCCCAUCAGGUUGUCAGUAAGGUGGGAUAUAUUUUCUGUGAAAUACGUGGGCCAAUUAGCCUCAGUUAACAUGAGUUAUGCGCAUGUUUAAAAACAGGACAAGAUGACAGCUUUACUAUAUGCAGUAACAAUAUACAAAUGACAUCACGCCGGUCCUAUUAGCGGAAGAAGCUUAUCCAUAAUAAAUAUUACCACACGUGACCUGCAUGUAAAUUAUGCAAACACACCUACACACACAACCGUGCUCGUUGCAGACCAAAUUAGACAUUUUGCGUAUACAGCCGCGUAGUCGAGUUACCAAGGGGACGCAUUGUCCUGGAGUUUUUAAAACAAAAGGCCUCCACUAUCUCGAAAUUCCCAUUGUUGCUGGAUAGCGUUGCCCUGGUAACAGGUGACAUCAGGGUUGGAAGGAAACUAAGUUUUAAAAGUGCCUGGCUCUGUUGUUGCAUGUUCAGUGACGCCAGUGUUGUAUCAUUUUGUCGUCUGCAGCCGUCGGCGAUGGUUGUCUGCCAAAGAACUCGUCCCUUGGCCGCGUCUCGAUGAAAACUGACUGAAACCAUUAGACAGGCAGACAACUGCAGCCAUUCAGUGUUUCAGACUUCUUGUGCUGGCAUGGAUGAACGAACAUGACAGUUGACGCUCAGGGUUCUCAUUUGCGUCGGUGAAAUUGCUUUCGGGAAUUUUACAGGGGACUGUUGUGCGCCGUGCCUAUCGCAGGAAAUUCCUGAACUCAUCAAUUGCUGGUGCCGUUUCGAUCAUAAAUAUAGCUUGCGGUCCGAAGAGGGAUGAACACUUCGUGUGAAAUAUUCUCUUAAGUCUCUCGCUGCAUGUGACAUUUUCGAGAGACUCCGCCUGAAAGUGCCUGGGUCAUGGCGACGAAUGGCCCCACCGGAGAACCAUUCCAGUCACAGUCGCCGUCGAUGUCUCCGUCAAUGUCGCCGACGCCAUCAUGGACACGAACAGUCAUCUAUGCUCCCACGAUCUGGAACCCGUACGUCAAUGACACCGCCACCAACACUUGGUUCCUGUGCAUCUCUUUGGGGCUGGGCCUGACCGGCACCUUGGGCAACCUGCUGGUCAUCGGCUCAGUGCUGGUCCACAAACCACUGCGGCGACUCCACAACGCCUUUAUCGUCAACCUGUCCGUGGCCGACCUGUGCGUGUCUGCCCUGAUCCAGUUCGCCACCGUGGAUGCACUGCUCAAGCUUGGCGCCACCUUCAGGAAUCGCCCGGCACUCUGCGAUUUCUUCGGCUUCCUGUGUACCACGAGUUGUACCUGUUCACUGUGGAGCAUAACAGCCAUCAGCAUCAACAGAUAUGUCUGUAUAUGCCAUAAUUCAGCGUACCAUCGCAUCUUCACACGCAGCAGAGUGGCUGCCAUGUUGGCUGGACUGUGGGUGGGUUGUUUCUUGAUGGAUUUACCCGCCCUGCUUGGCUGGGGAGGCCACGCCUACGACCCUAAGGUCAUGUUCUGUACCUUCAACUACACUGCAUCUCUCAGCUACACGAUUUUUCUGGUGUCGGUCGGUGUUGGCACCCCCAUCGCCAUCGUCACCUACUGCUACAUUCGAAUACUACUAUUCGUCCGGGCGAGCAGGAGGACCCUUCGGCGUCUGAGCCAAGGUGCCACCGAGUUCGCGACUCUAGGCCAGGGGCGGCGUAGGAUAAAAAGACGAGACAUGGCGCUACUCCGGACCGUCAUGACUUUGUGGGUUGUGUUCUUGAUCAUGUGGGCCCCGUACACGGUGUACGUUCUCUUUGAUACCCAGAACACAUGGAACAGAACCCUGUAUGUGUUGUUCGUCAACCUUUGCCACGCCAAUAGCAGCGUCAACUGCGUGAUUUAUGCCGCCACCAACCCGACGUUUCGACGGGGCUAUGUGGCCUUCCUCAGGCACUUGCUGUGCCUGAAAGGGACCGUAGUGGCAGAGAAUCAGGUCCAUUCCCGUAACAUGUCGAAAAAUGAUGUUGUAGAUGCUCGACCCAUGUCAUACUCAAGCUGAUGCAUCACCUAUCCUAUAUGCCUGCCUGGUACCCUGUCCUAUCCCAAACUCAGUGCUUGGGAACUACAACUAGAACUUUCCGGUCACGUGAUGGCAACAGAAGAGUGAGCCUCUUCCCUUCCGAAACAAAAAUGAACUAUUCCAUGUUUCUUUGAAGCUGGACUUCUAACAUCACGAAAAGUUUCGUGUUCUACUUCUAUCAAUACUUUCCAAAAUACGGCAUUUCUAAGCCAAUAUUCCUGACAUGCAUUGUGGCAGUUAGUCGAACACAAAUUCAAGGCUAUAAACUAGACCAAAUAUUAAAGAAAACUUUGUACUGACCUUAAGACUGAAAUUUACUUAUUUCACUUUAAUAACUCGAAUAGUUCAUUCACAUUCAAUACAGCUUAAUGCAGCCUUGAGGUAGUAUGCGUGUUUCUUGUGCCUUGUGAUCUCAAUGCAUACACGUACAUGUACACUGUAAUAUACUUCCCGAAGGAAGAUCGAAUUAUCCGGAAUCUUGUGCGGUGCGACGGGGUAAUUCGAACACAACGCUUUACAACUUGUACCAAUCAAUUAAGAGGUAUAGGGAGACAGAGGUUAGGUUUUUCCUGAAAGUGUGCGUUGUUCAACAACCAGGAGUUGGCGUCAAUUCGACGCCAAGCCGACAUACGCAAUAGGUGUUCUUGUAUAUAUAUAUAUAUAUAUUAAUUUCUAAGCAUGAGUUGUUUCUGUCAACCGCCUUCAAUUGCCUACAGAUUUUCGCACGAAUCUCCCGUGAGGAUGCGGGAGCAGUGCUUGCAAGAAGCAUUACUCACUUUGCAUGUGCGCAUCGACGGUGAUGGAGGUGUAAAUGGCAAGCUGUGAUGGCAGCUUUGGCGCCCAAAACGGCAAUGCUAACGGCUUGGCCAUUAAUUGUCUAGGCCUUCAGCGCAAACGUUUUGUGCCAUAUGGCGUUGACAGAGGAACUGCCAAGCUAAAGCUGUUUAUUGCUACGAAAUAUUAAUAAAUAAAGUCUUGCAAGACAUUGUUCAUUA